AUGUGGCAGGGGCCAACAGCUGCGCGGGAGCGCAGCGUUGCGAAUCAGAAGUCAGGAUUUAAGAGCAAGAGUACUCGCUCAUAUGCUGCGGUGGGGACGGAGCAGAGAGUCUGGACAAAACACUCAUUUGGCGAAACAAGUCAACCCAUUGAUGAGCCUGAAUCGGCCACGGUUCUGGCUCCAGCCAACAAUGAAGUCCUUCGGAGAGCUGUCACGGCGGCGCAGCCCAGGAACGAUUGGACUCGAGAAGAGAUUUCGCAAAUCUACCACGAACCGCUCAUGGAAUUGGUGCACCAAGCAAGCAACAUCCAUCGGCGCUUCCACAACCCCAGUGAAGUUCAGCUCUGCACGCUUAUGAAUAUCAAAACAGGCGGCUGCACCGAGGAUUGCAAGUAUUGUGCUCAGUCCACACGGUAUCAGAAAGGAACUGGACUGGAGGCCAAGAAAGUCGAGACUGUUGACUCGGUCCUUGAGGCCGCCCGCAUUGCCAAAGAAAAUGGCAGUACCAGGUUCUGCAUGGGUGCGGCCUGGCGAGAUAUGCGUGGGCGUAAAAACAGCAUCAAGAACAUCAUUACCAUGAUCCAAGGCGUCAAGGGCAUGGGCAUGGAAGCUUGCGUAACACUGGGCAUGAUCGAUCAGGACCAGGCCCACCAGCUGAAAGCCGCAGGACUGACUGCAUACAAUCACAACGUUGAUACUAGUCGAGAGUUCUAUCCAUCAGUCAUCUCCACCCGGACAUAUGAUGAGCGCCUGCAGACUCUGAGUUACGUCCGUAGCGCAGGUAUCAAUGUCUGUUCUGGUGGAAUUAUUGGCCUUGGCGAACAGUCCAAAGAUCGUAUUGGAUUGCUACACACUGUCUCAACCCUACCAUCCCACCCCGAGAGCUUUCCGGUGAACGCCCUCGUUCCUAUCAAAGGUACGCCUCUGGGCGACCAGGAAGCUGUACCUUUCACGGAGAUGCUUCGUACGAUCGCCACUGCACGUGUAAUUAUGCCAGCUACCAUUAUUCGUAUUGCAGCCGGUAGAAAGACCAUGUCCGAGGAGAAGCAGGCAAUGUGCUUUAUGUCUGGUGCCAAUGCAAUCUUCACCGGGGAGAAGAUGCUGACAACCGAAUGCAACGGUUACGACGAGGAUAAGGCCAUGUUUGAUCGCUGGGGACUUCAGCCCAUGAAGAGCUUUCAGAAGUUGCCUUCGCCUCGAUCUUGA